UUUAUCUGUGGAAGUCUCCAGAAUGUCUACUUUCACUUUCACAUCAUGAAGGAACUUGGAAAGAUUGUUGACGUCAAAGAUGUGAAUUUGAAUGGACCAGUCUCAGAGGAAGUUGUUAACCUAAUUAAGAAGGAAGUACAUGAACAUGUUUUAUUGAUUUUCAAAAAUCAGGGGUUAAUUAGCGGUGAUCGUCAAGUGGAAAUAAGCAAAUGGUUCGGGGACUUGGAAUCCACAUUUUACAAACACCCAAGAUCGCCUCAUCCUGAUGUUUUCCGUGUGUCCAAUAAUGAGGAGGAGGGGUGCACGAACGUGGGGCGGACGGGAUGGCACAUAGACGGAAGUUUUAUGAGAGAGCCAUUCAAAAUGUCACUCUAUCACAUGGUUGCAGUCCCCAAAAGGGGUGAUACUGCAUUUGUACCACUGACAGACUUGAUCGAGAGUCUACAGCCAGAAGUAAGAGACCGGUGGGAGAGGCUUUAUAUGGUUAGUGACCGACGGUCUAAGUCCACUCAUCCUCUGAUUUACCCUCACCCUGUCACUAAGAAACCAACGCUGUGUUUUCACCUGGGAAUGACCGACGCUUUUAUGUGGGAUGCUGGAACUGACAAAGAGAGGAUGACAGACUGGCCCGAAACUAAACACAUUCUGAUGGAGAUCCACCAAGAAAUCGAGAAAGGCAACAGGAACCUGGUUUACUCACAUAAGUGGGAACAAGGGGAUUUUAUCAUCUCUGACAACCUGGCUGUGGGACAUGAAGCUUCACCGGAGACUCAGUUCCCUGUAUCAGAAGUGGGCCUGCGUAUUCUACAUCGAACCACAGUCAAAGGAACUAACAUUCCCACCAAAUCUUAAAUUUAGUUUUACAUACAAUGUUUCCUAAUUAAGAAAAGUAAUAUAUGCAUAAUUAUAUAUAAUAGCUGUGAAAUCUCUUACUACCAGUAGUAAAUAGUUUGAUUAGUGCCCUAGUUUGAGUGCUUCUCCUUGUGGAAUAUAUCAAAACGUGCUUUCUAGUCAAAGUUUAAAGACCUUGGUUAGUAACCUUGACUUUAAAAUACUUCUUCAUUCCUUUAUAUAGCCAGUGAUAUACAAUUCCAAAGAUAAACUGCCUCUAUAAAUGCAAAUUCAUUAUGGUACGGGUAUUGAUCUACCAGAAUCAAGUUUAACAAGUUUUUAUGCCUUGCUUUUUAUCAGUGGGUAUAAAAUUAACAUGAAAAAAUAUCAUAUUGGUAGAAAUGAUUUAAAUGUAAUGACACAAUUUCUAGAAAGGCAAAAAGGAAGAAGUGUAUGUGAUAGCAACUCGCAGUAUUGAAAUUUUUAGUAGUUGGCUUCUUUUUAUUCAUCCCUGCUUCAUAGAUAGUGAAUGUGGAUGCUAGAUUAUUUGUUAAUAAUGUAUAUAUGAGAGAUGCGUGUUGAUUUAUUUACAUUUUUUU